UUGCAGGAGCGGCCGGAUGUCCCAAGUGACCUCGUGUGGAGAUACCGCCCCCGGCCAGUCCUAUCAGCAACAUUUUUGUGGAAUUAAGGAAUUGUGUUCCAGACGUCUGUGGGAACAAGGCCUGAAAAUCUUCUCCUGGUCCUCAGGACCUUUGACAUUUCUCGAUCUGGAAUCUGAUUGGCUGCUAUGGCAACUUCUUCCCCUCUCCCCUCCAAUCUCUGUGUCCUGACAUGGCAGCCAUCUUCUUCUAGUCUCCUCAACAUCCACCAUCAAAACAUCCACCAAAGAAGAUCUGAUUUCAAGGAGGACUCUGCAAUGUGUCUUCAGGAAUCUCUGCCAGACGAAUCCUAAGUUCCUGGAGAAACCGGAGCAGCGGACAAGGGGGGGCAAAAAUCUCUGACAUACCCUGCAGAGGAGUAAAAGGAACAAGGCGAACGGCAAACACAAGACAGGAUCAGCACAUGAAAAGAGCGGGGGGUCUCCAAACCGAGGAAGACACACGUCAAAGCGGAGAGGAUAAUCUCCUGGCUUGCCAUGGUGGCAAUGCCUUAAAGGGCCCGGCAAGAGUAGAUGAUGUUCCGGCUGUCUUCAAAGGCCUCAAUGAAAAGCAGAUGAGAUCUGAAGGAAAUUGUCCUCCAGCGGCAUGGUUUGGAUGGUGAUUGAACUCACACAGCCUACUCUUGUUAGUGAACACACAGCUGCCCCAGGGCAAAUGGCUGCUUCAUUAGAAACUAAAAGUUGGAUUCUAAUAUGAAAGGCCGAGGAGCCAUCCUCAUCUGUGCACACUAUCAUGGCAAAGCCAAAAUGACCAUGAUGCAUCUCCCGGUGGUCGUCAUCUUGGCAUCUGUUGUGUCUGUUGAUGCUGCAGCACCAAGAACAUUUCUAUGGCAGGAAGUCGGCAAUCCCUCAUGCGUUCGCUGUUGUGAAGCCUCAGAGGAACCUGCAGAGCCCCCCAAGAAGAGCAGAAUGAAGGAAUAUGUUGUCUACCCUAUGCCAAGAGUCCAGCCUCGUAUAGAGAUGACUAUUCUAAAAGGUGAAAAGGGUGAAAUGGGUGGAAAAGGGCCUCCAGGAGUCUCAGGAAAGGAAGGGGAACGAGGAUCACUGGGACCACAAGGCUUCAAGGGUCAAAAGGGUCAAACGGGUCCAUCAGGGAAUUCAUGCAAGAUCCAAUAUGCAGCAUUUUCCGUGGCCCGUCGUAAAUCCAUACACAGUACUGAAUAUUUCCAAAAUGUUGUAUUCGACACAACGUUCGUGAACUUGUACGAGCACUUCAACAUGUUCUCGGGAACCUUCGUCUGCUACAUUCCUGGGAUCUAUUUCUUUAACCUUAAUGUACAUACAUGGAACUUAAAGGAGACCUAUCUACAUAUCAUGAAGAACAGUGAAGAGAUGGCCAUUUUGUACGCACAACCCAGUGACCGCAGUAUUAUGCAGAGUCAAAGUCUUAUGCUCCAUCUGAAGGACAGGGAUGAGGUCUGGGUGCGGAUGUUCAAAAGGGAAAGAGAGAACGCAUUAUAUAAUGAUGAGACUGAUGUCUACAUUAUUUUUAAUGGCUACCUGGUCAAGGCAAUGGAUGACUAAGUAUUUAUAACCCGCUGCACCCAAAGUACCAUAAGCCUCCAUGUUGGGAGAGACCCAAAGACCAAAAUUUGUACUCAAAGUCUGAAUCUUGAGUAAUAUUAUCUUCCAAAUAAAUGCUCUUAUUGAGACACUUGUAAAGUAAUAAAUAUGUUAUCAAAAUUA